AUGGGUGGUAGGAAAGAAGGAGAGCUUCCUGUGACAGUCCGUACUUUAGAGUUUAUCAGGCACCACGGCAUGGAGCAGAGGGCCCGCCAUGACACCACACUGAGUGUCCCCAGUCCCUCUAGUCCAUCUAGUCCAUCUAGUCCCUCUAGUCCCUCUAAUCCCUCUAGUCCCUCUAGUCCCUCUAGUCCCUCUAGUCCAGCUAGUCCCUCUAGUCCAGCUAGUCCCUCUAGUCCCUCUACCCCCUCUAGUCCAUCUAGUCCCUCUAGUCCAGCUAGUCCAUCUAGUCCCUCUACCCCCUCUAGUCCCUCUAGUCCAUCUAGUCCAGCUAGUCCCUCUAAUCCCUCUAAUCCCUCUAAUCCCUCUAAUCCCUCUAGUCCCUCUAGUCCAGCUAGUCCCUCUAGUCCAGCUAGUCCCUCUAGUCCCUCUAGUCCCUCUAGUCCAGCUAGUCCCUCUAGUCCAUCUAGUCCCUCUAGUCCCUCUAGUCCAUCUAGUCCCUCUAAUCCCUCUAGUCCAGCUAGUCCAGCUAGUCCCUCUACCCCCUCUAGUCCCUCUAGUCCAGCUAGUCCCUCUACCCCCUCUAGUCCCUCUAGUCCAUCUAGUCCCUCUACCCCCUCUAGUCCCUCUAGUCCAGCUAGUCCCUCUAGUCCCUCUAGUCCAGCUAGUCCCUCUAGUCCAGCUAGUCCCUCUAGUCCAGCUAGUCCCUCUACCCCCUCUAGUCCCUCUAGUCCAGCUAGUCCCUCUACCCCCUCUAGUCCCUCUAGUCCAGCUAGUCCAGCUAGUCCCUCUACCCCCUCUAGUCCCUCUAGUCCAGCUAGUCCCUCUACCCCCUCUAGUCCCUCUAGUCCCUCUAGUCCAGCUAGUCCCUCUAGUCCCUCUAGUCCAGCUAGUCCCUCUAGUCCCUCUAGUCCCUCUAGUCCAGCUAGUCCCUCUAGUCCAGCUAGUCCAGCUAGUCCCUCUAAUCCCUCUAGUCCAGCUAGUCCCUCUAGUCCAUCUAGUCCCUCUAGUCCCUCUAGUCCCUCUACCCCCUCUAGUCCCUCUAGUCCCUCUAGUCCAUCUAGUCCCUCUAGUCCCUCUAGUCCCUCUACCCCCUCUAGUCCCUCUAAUCCACCAGAUGAAUCUGUCAGUGGUAGCCCUGCAUACGGUCAUGAUUAUGAGCGACACAAGCUCUUUUAUAACGUUACCGCAUGA